AUAGAAAAGCCGUAUUUGUCAGUGCUACCAACAAUGUCAAGUUUCCGUUUUGGGAAGUAUUUGAUUCAAUCAAUAAUUCAUCUACUUUUUCAGAAAUUAUAUUUUCUCAAUAAAUUCUCUUUUAUCAAUUAGAAUAAUUCAUUCUGAGCAUUAUAUACAUUUCAUCCAUACCCAGACCCAGAGUAAGAGUACCUCUUUUAUCUACUAACCGAUUUCUCGGAUCUAUGAUAGGCUUCUGAAAACAUAACCUCUUUUCUGUGGAGAACGCAAAUUCCUCCACGCUUUUGUUAUUCAGUUUUGUUUGCAUUUUGGAACUGAUCCAGAAUGCCGCAGAACGAGUACAUCGAGAGGCACCAGAAGCUGUACGGUCGCCGGCUCGACUAUGAAGAGAGAAAGAGGAAGCGACAGGCGAGAGAGCCGCACAAGAGGGCCGAGAUGGCCAAGAAACUGCGCGGUCUCAAGGCGAAGAUCUUCAACAAGGAACGUCGCCUUGAGAAGAUCCAGAUGAAGAAGAAGAUCAAGGCGCACGAGGAGAAGAAGGUGAAACAGACUCAUGAGGAGGCCAAGGAAGGGGCACUGCCUGUGUAUCUGCUAGACAGGAACGUCCAGUCGAGAGCCAAAGUGUUGUCGAAUAUGAUUAAACAGAAGAGGAAGGAGAAGGCGGGGAAAUGGGAUGUACCCAUACCCAAAGUGCGGCAACAGGCUGACGCGGAAGUCUUCAAGGUCAUCAGAAGCGGCAAAACUAAACGGAAAGCCUGGAAGCGAAUGGUCACCAAAGUGUGCUACGUAGGGGAAGGCUUCACUCGUAAACCACCGAAAUUCGAAAGGUUCAUACGUCCCAUGGCACUCCGGUUCAACAAGGCGCAUGUCACCCAUCCUGAACUGAAAGCAACUUUCUGUCUGCCGAUUAUCGGCGUCAAGAAGAACCCGAGCUCUACUAUGUACACGUCACUGGGCGUCAUCACCAAAGGUACAGUGAUCGAAGUGAACAUCAGCGAAUUGGGACUUGUCACACAGACCGGUAAAGUGGUGUGGGGAAAGUAUGCGCAGGUGACUAACAACCCUGAAAAUGACGGCUGCAUCAAUGCCGUAUUGCUUGUAUAAUUAUUGGUUUCAAAAUAAAGUGUUGAUUUUAUAA